AUACAUUUUUUAUUUUAUUUCUCGGAUGAUCGUUAAUUUGAUAUUUCUGUCAACUUUUACUGCAUAUACAGGUUAUCCGCUUUGUUCAGAGCGUGAGAACAGUAAUUUGGGUGAUACUGACGGGCAUUAUACCACACACAAUGGAACCGCCACUAACGAUUCUUGUAUUAAACCCGCACCGGAGGGGGCUAAUUAUUAUUUCAAAUGGAACCACGGAAAACUAUCAGGUGGGCUGGAACAUCCAACGUACGAAACACAUACAAUAAAUGAUGUUGAGUGUUUUGAAAGCGUAAUUGUUAACAACGAUGGCUACUAUCUGUGGGUUCCUCGUAAUUCUGACAAAAAAGAUAAGUGCGUGAGUCCAUCCGGAGAUUAUGUGUGGUAUCAUGGAGAUUUACCAAAGGGUAAGUAA